AGUGACGAGCUACGCAACCGGCCCUCAGCACGCCUGCGCACCGCGCUCCUUCCUCUUUCUCGACUCCAUCUUCACGGUAGCGGCCGCUGGUCCCGGGGUUCUGUCGCCAAUAUGCAGCUGUUUGUCCGCGCCCAGGAGCUCCACACCCUUGAGGUGACCGGCCAGGAGACGAUCGCUCAGAUCAAGGCUCGUGUGGCCUCCCUGGAGGGUAUCGUCCCGGAAGAUCAGGUCCUGCUCCUGGCAGGCACGCCACUGGAGGAUGACGCUACCCUCGGCCAGUGUGGGGUGGGGGCCCUGGCUACCCUACAGAUAGUCGGCCGCCUGCUUGGAGGUAAAGUCCAUGGAUCCUUGGCCCGUGCUGGAAAAGUGAGAGGUCAGACUCCCAAGGUGGCCAAACAGGAGAAGAAGAAGAAGAAGACUGGCCGGGCCAAGAGGCGGAUGCAGUACAACCGACGCUUUGUCAAUGUUGUGCCCACCUUUGGCAAGAAGAAGGGCCCCAAUGCAAACUCUUAAGUCCCAUGUAAUCUUGGCUUUCUGUAAUAAAGCUACUUCGCCCAUGCA